AUGGACGGCGUGCGGGCCCUGGACAUUCUGCCGUUGCUGAACGAGCGGUUCGCGCUGUUGUCCGGCGGCCGCGACAACCGCGGCGGACCGAUCAUCUGCUUUCCGGCGACCACCAAGCGCGAGCGGAUCAAACCGGAAGACAUCAAGCGGGUCGUGAGCUACUUCAUCGGCAUACCGAGCGAUGACAGCAAGGGUCUCGGGUUCACCAUCAUCGUCGACAUGCGGGGCAACGGCAACACGGCGGCGAGCGCUAAGAUGAUCCUCAAGGUGCUGCAGGAGAGCUUCGGGGCGGAGGUCAUCCACCAGGCGGUCAUCAUCAAGCCGGACAACUUCUGGCACAAGCAGCGCUCGUCGAUCGCGAGCAGCAAGUACAAGUUCGAGACGACCACCAUCUCGAUCCAGUCGCUCGGGAAGCUGGUCGAACCGUCGCAGCUGACGUCCGACUUUGAGGGCUUCCUGCACUACGACCACAGCCUGUGGAUCGAUCUGCGCGUCGCGUUCGAGGACUUCCUGUGGCAGGCGAGCGACAUCCUCGACCGGAUCGACGACCUGCAGGAGGACCUCACGCACACCGACUGUCCGGAGGACGUGAUCGGCGUGAAGCACAGCAUCGAGGCGCACAACGAGAUGAAGCGCAAAGUGCUGAAGCUGCCCAUCGAGGACCUCGACCUGCAGGGCCAGAAGCUGCUCGGCAAGCUCACCACCUACUCGAACCGGAACGACGAGAGCUGCCACUCGACCUCGUCGCCGGCCAAGUGCCACAAUCCGGACGUCUCGUCGGCCCUGAACCAGGUGCUGCAACAGCUGGAAGCGGUCCGCAACGCCCAGCAGCAACUGUUGGGCCUAUGGCAGCAUCGCAAAACGAAACUCGACCAGUGCUUCCAGCUGCGGCUGUUCGAGCAGGACUGCGAGAAAAUGUUCGACUGGAUCCUGCACAACCGGGACGUGUUCCAGGAGACGUACGUCGAGAUUGGGCACAACUACGCGAUCGCCAAAAAUCUGCAAGACGAACACCAGCGCUUCGCCAUAACCUCGCGUAACGUGUGCGUCAACAUCAACCGCAUACUGGCCGUGGCGGCCCGGUUGUACGAGGGCAAUCACUACGCCGCCGGCCACAUUCGGACGCUGGCCGCCCGGUUGGACAAGACGUGGAAAGACUUUGUCACGACGCUCGACGAACGGACGGCGGUGCUGACGCUGUCGGUCGUGUUCCACCAUAAGGCGGAACAGUACACGGAGAGCGUGAGCAGCUGGGCGGCGGCCUGCGAAGCAACGAUACCGACGCCGACGAACGUGGAGAGCCUGGAGACGGCCAUCGGGACGCACCAGUCACUGUACGAAGCGAUGUGCCAGGCGUACACCGAGGUGCAUUCGACCAGCAAAAAGCUGCUCUAUCAACUCGAUCAUCUGGUGCAAGUUUGCAAUCAACCGCCGAUUGUGAACACGCGGAAAAAUGAAAAUGCCCACUUUAACGGUGGCAAUCCGGCGGCCGACUACAGCGAGGGAGCGUCCCACGUGCUGGCGGUGAUCCAUCAAAUUCUGGGCCACCAUCGGGCCCUCGAAAUCAAGUGGAGUGCAGGCAAGAUGCGGCUACACCAGAAGCUGGCCCUGCGUCUGUUCCAGGAGGACGUGAAGCAGGUGCUGGACUGGCUGCAGAACCAUGGCGAUGUGUUUCUGCGGAAAAACCGUGGCAUCGGCAAGAGCCUACAGAAGGCCCGCAUCUACCAGACGAGCCACGAGCACUUUGAGAAUGUGGCACAAAACACGUACCGCAACGCGGAGAAGCUGCUGACGGCGGCCGAAGAGUUGGCCCGGUCGGGUGAGGUGUCACCGCAGGAAAUAUUCUCGGUGGCCCGCGAUCUCGAGGCGAACGUGGCUUCGUUCGCGGAGCGCGUCGACAAGCGGCGCCGGCGGCUCGAGCUGGCGGUGGUGUUUUACUCGAACGAGAAAGAGAUCUGCGCCUGGCAGGAGCAACUGCACGCGGAGGUCACGAACGAGGAGUCGCUCGAGUUGGCCAACGAGCACCUGGAGGGCACGGAGCGGUUGCUGGAGCAGUGCAAGGAGCAAGAGGAGAGCACACUGAAAACGUGCAUGCAGGCGAUCGCCCAGGGCGAAGCGUUGUUGACGGAGCUGCGGCCGAUCGAGGAGGAAGACAGUUCCGGGUCACUGACGGCCGUCCAGAAUGCGGUCGAUCGCAUCAAGAACAACCGGCUCGAUCUGGAGAACCUGUGGCAGACGCGGCGCAUGAAGAUUGACAUGUACCUACGGUUGCGCAUCUUCGAGCGGGAUGCGCUGGAAGUGUCCUCGCAGCUGGAGAUGUGGGCCGAAGAGCUGCAGCACACGGAGGUGUCGCGUGACUUUCAGAAAACCGAACAAUUCCUGCGCCUCCACAAUGAGUCCGUCAGCCAGAUGCAGAACACCACGUACCAGGUGAUCAACCAGGGCCAGGAGCUGCACAAGCUGUUCGAAUCGUCCGGCCUGCUGAUAAUGGCCGACGCGAACCACACGGCCCAGACGCGGGUGCAGUAUCUGCUCGAGUUUCUGCACGAUCGCGAACUCGAUCUGGAGGAUCUGGCCGAGGCGAAGCGCAUCAAGCUCGAACAGUCGAUGCAGCUGUGCCACUUUCAGAACGACGCGAACCAGGUGAUCUCGUGGAUCCGCAACGAGGAGGCGCUGCUGAUGGCCAGCUUCUCCAUCCCGAGCACCUUGCCGGAGGCGGAGCAGCUGCGCAAGGAGCACGAACAGUUUCAGGUGCGCAUCGAACGGCCGCACACGGCCGCGGUGCAGGUGAAGUACCGGGCCGAUGCGCUGAUGAACGCGAACCACUACGACCCGCAGAGCAUCAAGGACAUUGCGGACGAGGUGACGAAAAAGUGGCAAAAGCUGGUGACCUGCGCCGAGGAGCGCCACAAGCUGGUGACGGCUUCGUUGAACUUUUUCAAAACGGCCGACCAGGUGUGCAACGUACUGGACAGUCUGGAGAAGGAGUACCGGCGCGAGGAGGACUGGUGCGGAGGCGGCGGGUCGACGGACAAGGGCCAGCAGAUCGUGCAGCUCAUCACGAAGCACCAGGAGCAGAAGGAGGCCUUCCUGAAGGCGUGCACGUUGGCGCGCCGAACGGCGGAAACGUUCCUCAAGUACGCGGCCCGUUCGCUGCAGUUCUACCACGUGAACCCGAGCACGAUCAACAGCGAGUCGCGCGUCAAGUCGAUCCUGGACAAGCUGCUCACGCAGGAAACGCAGGUGCUCGAGUACUGGACGCACCGCAAGAAGCGGCUCGAUCAGUGCCAACAGUUUGUGCUGUUCGAGCGGUCGGCCAAGCAGGCGAUCGAGUGGAUCCACGACACGGGCGAAGCGUACCUUUCGUCGCGCAAAAACAAACUGUGCUCGAGCCGCGAAGAAUCGGAACUGUUGCUGCGCGAGCACAACGAGUUCAAAAGCACCGCCAAGGAGACCCGAGAACGGGUGAAGCUGCUGAUCCAGCUGGCGGACACGCUGGUCGAGAAGGGGCACGCGCACGCCAGCUCCAUCAAGCAGUGGGUCGCGACGGUCGACUACCGCUACAAGGACUUUAGCAACCGGAUGGAGAUCUAUCGAUCGAAUCUGGAAAAAUCGCUCGGCCUACCGGGUAUCAUACAGCAACCGGAUGACAAUAACCUUAGCAGUAGCAAUAACAGUAACCAUAGCAACAGUAACCAUAGCAGUAACUCUAGCAUUAGCAACGGCAAAGCCUCCCUUUCUGCGGCCAGCUCGAGCUCGGGCAUCUCGUCGUCGGGCGGAUCGGGCACCCUCGGUGUCUCGGCCGCCAUCGCCGGCGCCUCCUCGUCCUCGAUCGUGCUGGUGGGCUGUGGUGGUGGCGAGUACGGUAGCAGCAGUGGCAUCGGGCCCGGAUCCGGUUCGGGCGCAACGCACCACUCCGGCUCGUCGUCGUCCUCGUCGUCGGUGCUCGAGUACCGCCAUUCGGAUCCGUCACUCGAGACGAAGCUAAAUGCUGCCGCGGCCGCCUCCGGAGCGGUCGGUGCGGCCCAGAAGGAGUUCAACGAGGAGAAGCGCAAAUCGGCGCGCAAGAAGGAGUUCAUAAUGGCCGAGCUGCUGCAGACGGAGCGAACGUACGUGAAGGAUCUCGAGACGUGCAUCGGAGUGUUUCUGCGCGAACUGAAGGGUGGCCAAAGCGUGCCCGCCAACCUGCUCGGCAAGGAGCACAUCCUGUUCGCGAACAUUGAAGACAUUUUCCAGUUCCACGAGAAAAUAUUUCUGCGUGAGCUCGAAAAGUACGAAACGAUGCCGGAGGACGUGGGCCACUGUUUCGUGACGUGGGCCGCCAAGUUCGAUAUGUACGUGCACUACUGUCAGAACAAGCCGCAGUCGAUGGACUACAUGGUGCAGCACGGCGGCACGUACUUCGAGGAGGUGCAGCGGAAGCACAAACUCGAGCACUCGCUGCCGGCCUACCUCAUCAAGCCGGUGCAGCGCAUCACGAAGUACCAGCUGCUGCUGAAGGAUCUGCAGUCGUGCUGCGAUGAGGGCCAGGGCGAGAUCAAGGACGGGCUCGAGGUGAUGCUGAAUGUGCCGAAGAAGGCGAACGAUGUGAUGCACCUAUCGCUGCUCGAGCAGUGCGACGUACCGAUUCACAAUCUGGGUGACGUCGUGCUGCAGGACUCGUUCCUGGUGUGGGACAACAAACAGAUCCUGAUCAAGAAGGGCCGCGACCGGCACGUGUUCCUGUUCGAGCUGUACAUUCUUUUCUCCAAGGAAGUCAAAGACACCAACGGCACGGUCAAGUACAUCUACAAACAUAAACUCCUAACAUCCGAUUUUGGCGUUACGGAGCACAUCGAGGGCGACGAGUGUAAGUUUGCCAUCUGGACCGGGCGCGCUCCCAUACUGUCCGACUAUCGGAUAGUGCUGAAGGCGAACAGCCUCGAAACGAAGCAGCUGUGGGUGAAGCGAAUGCGCGAAGUCAUGCAGGAGACGUACUUCUCCGGCACCUCGUUCUCGCUGCUGAAAUCACCGGCCAAGGUGAGCGGCAAGAACCUUGGCCAGCGGCUGUCGAAGGACAUUGAUGAUACGCUCAACGACAACGACCAGGAUGGCAGCUCGUUGGCCAGCUUUGGGUCCGGCAACACGACCGACAGUGAGAAGGACGAUUGUGGACGGUUUGUGAAGGAUAAAGCGGAAAUGUAA